AUGGCGACUUGGCGGCGGGACGGCCGGCUGACGGGCAGCCAGCGGCUGCUGUGCGCGGGGUUGGCGGGGACGCUCAGCCUCAGCCUCACCGCGCCGCUGGAGCUCGCCACCGUGCUGGCCCAGGUCGGCGUCGUGCGCGGCCGCGCCCGGGGGCCGUGGGGCGCGGGGCUUCGCGUCUGGCGGGCCGAGGGGCCCCGCGCCCUGUGGAAGGGGAACGCGGUGGCCUGCCUGCGCCUCUUCCCCUGCAGCGCCGUUCAACUGGCCGCCUACCGCAAGUUUGUUGUGCUGUUCACGGAUGACCUGGGCCACAUCUCCCAGUGGAGGUCCAUCAUGGCUGGGAGUCUUGCGGGCAUGGUUUCCACCAUCGUGACAUAUCCUACAGACCUCAUCAAAACCCGGUUAAUUGUGCAGAACAUGCUGGAACCAUCUUACAGGGGGAUCCUCCAUGCUUUUUCUACUAUUUAUCAACAGGAAGGGUUCCUGGCCCUUUAUCGAGGGGUUUCCCUUACUAUUUUAGGUGCUCUCCCUUUCUCUGCCGGCUCCCUUCUAGUUUACAUGAACCUGGAGAAAAUCUGGAAUGGACCCCGAGAUCGGUUCUCUCUCCUCCAGAACUUCGCCAAUGUCUGCCUGGCUGCCGCGGUGACCCAGACACUCUCCUUUCCCUUCGACACAGUGAAGAGAAAGAUGCAGGCUCAGAGCUCCUACCUUCCCCACUGUGGAGGAGUAGAUGUCCAUUUCUCAGGAGCAGUGGACUGCUUCCGGCAGAUAGUGAAAGCCCAAGGGGUCCUGGGGCUCUGGAAUGGAUUGGCAGCCAACUUACUGAAGAUAGUUCCAUAUUUUGGAGUUAUGUUUGGCACCUUUGAGUUCUGCAAGAGAAUCUGUCUUUACCAAAAUGGUUACAUCGUGUCUCCUCUGAGCUAUAAAUUGACCCCAGGGGUGGAUCAGAGUUUGAAGCCCCAGGAAUUACGGGAAUUAAAGAAGUUUUUCAAAACUGGACAACUAAAGUCUAAAAAACCAACUCUUUAAAACGGAAUGGAGCUAGAAGUGCACUGACUGAAGGUGUGUUGCAAUCAGAGAGAAAUGUAGCCUCAGAAUUGUGCACGCGUGGAGUGACAAGAGGGUGCUCCUGUCUGCUGCUCUUGGAAAUGAGAAGAUUCGGCCAUACCUGAGCUCCAAACUGAUGGCCCUGUAAACAUCUACACCACCGAGGGUUUCCCAACAUGACCGUCGCAGGAUGGCAUCCCACCAGGUUUUACAACAGAACCUAGCAGUAGUGAAAUGUGCAAUUCACACUCUGAAUGUAAGUAGGCAGUUUACACAACACCAAAAAAGGGCAUUGCCAUGACUCCUCAGAGCAACAUGUAGUUGAAGCGGCUGGGCAGAUACCAUGCCGGGAGCUCCGCCACAGGCUCACAGCUUACACCAACCCACAGCAGCCUAGUUUCACCCAGAUUCACUCCAGGCUUCCUGAUACAGUCCUGGAACUCAUAAUCUUUGCUGACUUCUGAGUGCACACACCAUGGUGUAAAUUAUGCCUUAUCAGAAACUAAAUGAAAACAUUUAACAUUUAAAAGUUACCACUGUCGAGGAGGAAAACAAGAUGGCAGAGUAGAAGGACGUGCUCUCACUCCCUCUUGCGAGAACACCAGAAUCACAACAAGCUGCUGGACGAUCAUCGACAGAAAGACCCUGGAACUCACCAAAAAAGAUACCCCACAUCCAAGGACAAAAGAGAAGCCACAAUGAGAGGGUAGGAGGGGCACAAUCACAGUAAAAUCAAAUCCCAUAACUGCUGAGUGGGUGGGUGCUUCACAGACUGGAGAACAAUUAUACCACAGAAGUCCACCCACUGGAGUGGAGGUUCUGAGCCCCACAUCAGGCUUCCCAACCUGAGGGUCCAGCAAUGGGAGGAGGAAUUCCUAGAGAAUCAGACUUUGAAACCUAGUGGGAAUUGAUUACAGGACUACGACAGGACUGGGGGAAACAGAGACUCCACUCUUGGAGGGCACACACAAAAUAGUGUGUGAAUCGGGACCCAGGAGAAGGAGCAGUGACCCCAGGGGAGACUGAACCAGACCUACCUGCUAGUGUUGGAGGGUCUCCUGCAGGGGCGGGGCAUGGCUCUGUUUCACAAUGGGGACAAGGACACUGGCAGCAAAAGUUCUGGGAAAUACUCCUUGGUGUGAGCCCUCCCAGAGUCUGCCAUUAGCCCCACCAAAAAGCCCAGGUAGGCUCCAGUGUUGGGUGGCCUCAGGCCAAACAACCAACAGGGAGGGAACCCAGCCCCACAGUCAAGUGGAUUAAAGUUUUACUGAGCUCUGCCCACCAGAGCAACAGUCAGCUCUACCCACCACCAGUCCCUCCCAUCAAGCCUCUUAGAUACCCUCAUCCACCAGAGGGCAGACAGCAGAAGCAAGAAGAACUACAGUCCUGCAGCCUGUGGAACAAAAACCACAUUCACAGAAAGAUAGACAAGAUGAAAAGGCAGAGGGCUAUAUUCCAGAUGAAGGAACAAGAUAAAACCCCAGAAAAACAAUGAAAUGAAGUGAAGAUAGGCAACCUUCCAGAAAAAGAAUUCAGAAUAAUGAUAGUGAAGAUGAUCUAGGACCUCAGAAAAAGAUAGGAGGCAAAGAUCGAGAAGAUGCAAGAAAUGUUUAACAAAGACCUAGAAGAAUUAAAGAACAAACAAACAGAGAUGAACAAUACAAUAACUGAAAUGAAAAAUACACUAGAAGGAAUCAAUAGCAGAAUAACUGAGGCAGAAGAACGGAUAAGUGACCUAGAAGACAGAAUGGUGGAAUUCACUGCUGUGGAACAGAAUAAAGAAAAAAGAAUGAAAAGAAAUGAAGACAGCCUAAGAGACCUCUGGGACAACAUUAAACGCAACAACAUUCACGUUAUAGGGGUCCCAGAAGGAGCAGAGAGAGAGAAAGGACCAGAGAUAAUAUUUGAAGAGAUUAUAGUCGAAAACUUCCCUAACAUGGGAAAGGAAAUAGCCACCCAAGUGCAGGAAGCGCAGAGAGUCCCAUACAGGAUAAACCCAAGGAGAAACAUGCUGAGACAUAUAGUAAUCAACUUGGCAAAAAUUAAAAAGAAAAAUUAUUGAAAGCAGCAAGGGAAAAAUGACAAAUAAAAUACAAGGGAACUCCCAUAAGGUUAAGAGCUGAUUUCUCAGCAGAAACUCUACAAGCCAGAAGGGAGUGGCAUGAUAUACUUAAAGUGAUGAAAGGGAAGAAACUACAACCAAGAUUACUCUACCAAGCAAGGAUCUCAUUCAGAUUCGAUGGAGAAAUCAAAAGCUUUACAGACAAGGAAACGCUAAGAAAAUUCAGCACCACCAAACCAGCUCUACAACAAAUGCUAAAGGAAUUUCUCUAAGUGGGAAACACAAGAGAAGAAAAGGACCUACAAAAACAAACCCAAAAUGAUUAAGAAAAUGGUCAUAGGGACAUACAUAUUGAUAAUUACCUUAAACAUGAAUGGAUUAAAUGCUCCAACCAAAAGACACAGGCUUGCUGAAUGGAUACAAAAACAAGACCCAUCUCUAUGCUGUCUACAAGAGACCCACUUCAGACCUAGGGACACAUACAGACUGAGAGUGAGGGGAUGGAAAAAGAUAUUCCAUGCAAAUGGAAAUCAAAAGAAAGCUGGAGUAGCAAUACUCAUAUAUAAGAUAAAAUAGACUUUAAAAUAAAGAAUGUUACAAGAGACAAGGAAGGACACUACAUAAUGAUCAAGGGAUCAAUCCAAGAAGAAGAUAUAACAAUUAUACAUAUAUAUGCACCCAACAUAGGAGCACCUCAAUACAUAAGGCAACUGCUAACAGCUAUAAAAGAGGAAAUCAACAGUAACACAAUAAUAGUGGGGGACUUUAACACCUCACUUACACCAAUGGACAGAUCAUCCAAACAGAAAAUUAAUAAGGAAACACAAGCUUUAAAUGACACAAUAGACCAGAUAGAUUUAAUUGAUAUUUAUAGGACAUUCCAUCCAAACACAGCAGAUUACACUUUCUUCUCAAGUGCGCACGGAACGUUCUCCAGGAUAGAUCACAUCUUGGGUCACAAAUCAAGCUUCAGUAAAUUUCAGAAAAUUGAAAUUAUAUCAAGCAUCUUUUCUGACCACAACGCUAUGAGAUUAGAAAUCAAUUACAGGGAAAAAAAACGUAAAAAACAAACACAUGGAGGCUAAACAAUAUGGUUGUUACUAAAUAACCAAGAGAUCACUGAAGAAAUCAAAGAGGAAAUCAAAAACUACCUAGAGACAAAUGACAAUGAAAACACGACGAUCCAAAACCUAUGGGAUGCAGCAAAAGCAGUUCUAAGAGGGAAGUUUAUAGCUAUACAAGCUUACGUCAAGAAACAAGAAAAAUCUCAAGUAAACAAUCUAACCUUACACCUAAAGGAACUAGAGAAUGAAGAACAAACAAAACCCAAAGUUAGCAGAAGGAAAGAAAUCAUAAAAAUCAGAGCAGAAAUAAAUGAAAUAAAAACAAAGAAAACAACAGCAAAGAGCAAUACAACUAAAAGCUGGUUCUUUGAGAAGAUAAAAUUGAUAAACCAUUAGCCAGACUCAUCAAGAAAAAGAGGGAGAGGACUCAAAUCAAUAAAAUUAGAAAUGAAAAAGGAGAAAUUACAACAGACACUGCAGAAAUACAAAGCAUCCUAAGAGACUACUACAAGCAACUCUAUGCCAAUAAAAUGGACAACCUGGAAGAAAUGGACAAAUUCUUAGAAAGGUAUAACCUUCCAAGACUGAACUAGGAAGAAACAGAAAAUAUGAACAUACCAAUCACAAGUAAUGAAAUUGAAACUGUGAUUAAAAAUCUUCCAACACGGGCUUCCCUGGUGGCGCAGUGGUUGAGAGUCUGCCUGCCGAUGCAGGGGACACAGGUUCGUGCCCCGGUCCGGGAAGAUCCCACAUGCCAUGGAGCGGCUAGGCCCAUGAGCCAUGGCCGCUGAGCCUGCGCGUCCGGAGCCUGUGCUCUACAACAGGAUAGGCCACAACAGUGAGAGGCCCGCGUACCACCAAAAAAAAAAAAAAAAAUCUUCCAGCAAACAAAAGUCUAGGACCAGGUGGCUUCACAGGUGAAUUCUAUCAAACAUUUAGAGAAGAGCUAACACCCAUCCUUCUGAAACUCUUCCAAAAAAUUGCAGAGGAAGGAACACUCCCAAACUCAUUCUAUGAGGCCACCAUCACCCUGAUACUAAAACCAGACAAAGAUACUACAAAAAAAGAAAAUUACAGACCAAUAUCACUGAUGAAUAUAGAUGCAAAAAUCCUCAACAAAAUACUAGCAAAUAGAAUCCAACAACACAUUAAAAGCAUCAUACACCAUGAUCAAGUGGGAUUUAUCUCAGGGAUGCAAGGAUUCUUCAGUGUAUGCAAAUCAAUCAAUGUGAUAGACCAUAUUAACAAAUUGAAGAAUAAAAACCAUAUGAUAUAUCAAUAGAUGCAGAAAAAGCUUUUGACAAAGUUCAACACCCAUUUAUCAUAAAAACUCUCCAGAAAGUGAGCAUAGAGGGAACCUACCUCAACAUAAUAAAGGCCAUAUAUGACAUGCCCACAGCAAAGUUCAUUUUCAAUGGUGAAAAACUGAAAGCAUUUCCUCGAAGAUCAGGAAUGACACAAGGAUGUCCACUCUCACCACUAUUAUUCAACAUAGUUUUGGAAGUCCUAGCCACGUCAAUCAGAGAAGAAAAAGAAAUAAAAUGAAUACAAAUUGGAAAAGAAGAAGUAAAACUGUCACUGUUUGCAGAUGACAUGAUACUCUACAUAGAGAAUCCUAAAAAUGCCACCAGAAAACUACUAGAGCUAAUCAAUGAAUUUGGUAAAGUUGCAGGAUACAAAAUUAAUGCACAGAGAUCUCUUGCAUUCCUAUACACUAAUGAUGAAAAAUCUGAAAGAGAAAUUAUGGAAACACUCCCAUUUACCAUUGCAACAAAAAGAAUAAAAUACCUAGGAAUAAACCUACCUAGGAAGACAAAAGACCCAUAUGCAGAAAACUAUAAGACAUUGAUGAAAGAAAUUAAAGAUGAUACCAACAGAUGGAGAGAUAUACCAUGUCCUUGGAUAGGAAGAAUCAAUAUUUUGAAAAUGACUGUACCACCCAAAGCAAUCUACAGAUUCAGUGCAAUCCCUAUCAAAUUUUUUACGGAACUUUGUUCCUUAAUGACAUUUUCUACAGAACUAUAACAAAUCAUCUUAAAAUUUGUAUGGAGACACAAAAGACCCUGAAUAGCCAAAGCAGUCUUGAGGGAAAAAAACAGAGCUGGAGGAAUCAGACUCCCUGACUUCAGACUAUACUACAAAGCUACGUUAACCAAGACAAUAUGGUACUGGCACAAAAACAGAAACAUAGAUCAAUGGAACAAGAUAGAAAGCCCAGAGAUAAACCGAGGCACCUAUGGUCAACUAAUCUAUGACAAAGGAGGCAAAGAUAUACAAUGGAGAAAAGACAGUCUCUUCAAUAAGUGGUGCUGGGAAAACUGGACAGCUACAUGUAAAAGAAUGAAAUUAGAACACUCCCUAACACCAUACACAAAAAUAAACUCAAAAUGGAUUCAAGACCUAAAUGUAAGACCGGACACUAUAAAACUCUCAGAGGAAAACAUAGGAAGAACACUCUUUGACAUAAAUCACAGCAAGAUCUUUUUUGAUCUACCUCCUAGAGUAAUGGAAAUAAAAACAAAAAUAAACAAACGGGACCUAAUGAAACUUCAAAGCUUUUGCACAACAAAGGAAACCAUAAACAAGACGAAAAGACAACCCUCAGAAUGGAAGAAAAUAUUUGCAAACGAAUCAAUGGACAAAGGAUUAAUCUCCAAAAUAUAUGAACAGCUCAUGCAGCUCAAUAUUAAAGAAACAAACAACCCAAUCCAAAAAUGGGCAGAAGACCUAAAUAGACAUUUCUCCAAAGAAGACAUACAGAUGGCCAAGAAGCACAUGAAAAGCUGCCCAACAUCACUCAUUAUUAGAGAAAUGCAAAUCAAAACUGCAAUGAGGUAUCACCUCACACCAGUUAGAAUGGAUAUCAGAAAAUCUACAAACAACAAAUGCUGAAGAGGGUGUGCCGAAAAGGGAACCCUCCUGCACUGUUGGUGGGAAUGUAAAUUGAUACAGCCACUAUGGAGAACAGUAUGGAGGUUCCUUAAAAAACUAAAAAUAGAACUACCAUACGACCCAGCAAUCCCACUACUGGGCAUAUACCCACAGAAAACCAUAAUUCAAAAAGACGCAUGCACCCCAAUGUUCAUUGCAGCACUAUUUACAAUAGCCAGGUCAUGGAAGCAACCUAAAUGCCCAUCGACAGACAAAUGGAUAAAGAAGGUGUGAUACAUAUAUACAAUGGAAUAUUACUCAGCCAUAAAAAGGAAUGAAAUUGAGUCAUUUGUUGAGACGUGGAUGGAUCUAGAGACUGUCAUACAGAGUGAAGUAAGUCAGAAAGAGAAAAACAAAUGUCGUAUAUCAACGCAUGUAUGUGCAACCUAGAAAAAUGGUACAGAUGAACCGGUUUGCAGGGCAGAAUUUGAGACACAGAUGUAGAGAACAAAUGUAUGGACACCAAGGGGGGAAAAUGACAAUGGAGUAGGGAUGGUGGUGUGCUGAAAUGGGCAAUUGGGAUUGACAUGUAUACAAUGAUGUGUAUAAAAUUGAUGACUAAUAAGAACUUGCAGUAUAAAAAAACCAAAAAAACAACUAAUACUAAACUUUCUUUGGGUUAUUUGUAUGGAAAUAUGUUAAUAUAAAUGUUUCAGACAUUACAUGAAAUUUCUAAAAAUCUUAUAUGUUCUAGUAUAAUGUUAUAAGUCAUAAUUCUAGUUAUUACUUUAAAAUGUAUAUCUCAAAAAUAACUAAAUUUCCUUGUCAAUUGCAUUAUUAUGAACUUUCAUCAAAUCUUUAACCGUGGUCAUUUUUAAGGCUUUCGUCAUUUACAGACAGUUCUGGGUGUACUCUGAUGCUUUUGCAAAAAUGUUCCUAUAAAAGGGUUUCAUCUUCAAGGAGUUCAUAGAAAAGACUGACAAGUACAGGUUUCUGGUAACUGACUAUACUUCUGAACUGAAUGAAUAAGCAUUUUCAGAACUCUAAUGGAAAACUGAUGAAUUCAUAAAAGUGCUAACAAAAGAUCAAGAUGAAAAAAAUUAAUUACAUGGGACUGAGUGAACUGAUGAGGACGAUUAUAAUUUUUGUGACUUUCCAUUUGAAUAAAAAAAAAUCCCACAAGGACUCAGAGGCAGAAAAUAUACAAAUCAAUUUUCACUGCAAAGUAAAGGAGCCGUUACAGUGGAGGAUUCCUGGACUUAAUGUCAAUAUUAUGACAUAGUAUGAGUGUGUUUCGUGUUUGGUAAUUGCAAUCAUUGUUGCUUUUGUUGUGGUCAUCCAUUUACAAUGCUUGGUGUCAGUUUAUCUCUUGUAAAAAUAAAAUACAGUGUGUGUGUGUGUGUGUGUGUGUGUGUGUGUGAGAAAAUAAAAAUGGGGAACUGAGAAAAGAAAUAAAUUACAAAAAAUAAAACAAAAAAAAACAAAAGUUACCACUGUCAUAGUAGAACCAUCCUUCUUUAUUUAAUUUGAAGCAUCCUAGGCUUAGAAUCUUGUGUUUCUGGAAGGUAGUUUAUACCAUGACUGCUUCAUCAUGCCCCAGAAGACCUUCUUUCAGUUGAAGUCAUGUAUAGUUCAAGUGGCCUGAAUUCUCUGCCUUUUUAACUUGCUUUACAAGCCUACCCUGAAAAUAAAUUAUUUAGUCAACUUAUUCUCACAACAUGUCCCAGUUGCCUAGAAAGGAUCAAAUAGAACAUUGGAUGUACACACAUACACACACACACACACACACACACACACACACAAAAUGUAACUAAACAAAAAAUACUUCAGUCUAAUCAUCUCUACUAAAUUUUUUAAAAUCAAAUUUCGGGUUUAUUCCACCUUGGGGAUUCUAUGUCAAGUUUAUGUAACUGUACCUUUUGAAUAGUGCCUAUCUAUACAUUAAAAAACUAUCUAAUAUUAAGUUGUUAAUUUAUACACACACAGAGAGAGA